AUGACUUCAGAUGACCAAGCAAUGAACCUGCAAGAUCACAAGGAAAAAAGCACACCGUUAGCCUCGUCACAGGGAGGGGUUUUUCACUCUCAAGUUAACGCUAGUAAAGUUGCUAAUCAAAUCCCGGGUCUUAACAUCAGGGGUAGAUGGAUCGAGGAGCCAUCAAAAGUUAAAAGAGAAGUCUUGAAGUUCUUUAGAGAUAGAUUUAAGGAAGUGGCCAGGGAGAGACCGGUGCUGGAAUGUAGUAAUUUCAAAAUGUUGAAGGAUUCAGACAAAGAGUUUCUCAUUGAGCCCUUCACGGUUAACGAGAUAAAGGAAACGGUGAACGACUGUGGUGAUGACAAAGCUCCUGGCCCGGAUGGGUUGAACAUGAGAUUCAUUAAGAAAUUUUGGGGGCUGUUUGAAUUGGAUUUUGUAAAUGUGUUGAAUGAGUUUUUCGAGAAAGGGAGCAUUAGUAUAGGUUGUGGGUCUUCUUUUAUUACUCUUGUCCCAAAGGAUAAGGACCCGGUGGAGCUAAAUAAUUACAGGCUGAUUAAUUUGAUUGGCAUUAUAAGCAAGGUUAUCUCGAAGGUUCUAGCGAAUCGUAUGAAAAAGGUCAUUGGGACGGUGAUUUCGGAUUCGCAGUCUGCUUUUGUUAAAGCGUAUGACAAUGUUAACUGGAAUUUCUUGAUAGCCACGAUGAGUCAGAUGGGUUUUCUGAAUAAAUGGUGUAUGUGGAUCAGAGGUAUUCUUGAAUCUGCUCGAUCGUCCAUCUUAGUCAACGGAUCCCCAACUUUUGAGUUUCAAUGCUCUAAGGGGUUACGUCAAGGUGACCCUAUUUCACCUUUUCUCUUCAUCAUUGUGGAGGUCCUAUCGUGUAUGAUUGAAAAGGCUAGAAGUGAAGAAGAGUUCUCAGGUAUUUAUAUCCCCAACGGGCCUUGUGUGUCCCAUUUGUUUUAUGCAGAUGAUGCGGUCAUUCUUGGGGAGUGGUCUUCGUCGAAUAUUAGGAAUGUGGUUCGCAUUCUUCGGGUUUUCAAUAUUUUCUCGGGUCUUAAAAUAAAUUUGGAUAAAUGUAAUAUUUUCGGGAUUGGGGUGCAACCGGCUGAAUUGAACUCGAUGGCAUCUACGGUGGGUUGUCUAGCAAGUAGUCUUCCGUUCAAAUAUCUUGGCCUUAUGGUGGGAGCGAACAUGAAUCGGAUCAGCAAUUGGAAGUCAGUGUAUGAUGUCUUUGACGCCCGUCUUGCUAAGUGGAAGGCAAAACUUCUUUCGAUUGGAGGUAGAAUUACGCUGAUAAAAGCGAUAUUGCAGAGUAUUCCGAAUUAUUAUUUCUCCUUAUACAAAGUGCUGGUGCAAGUGGUUAAAGAUCUAGAAGCUAAAAUAAGGAAUUUUCUUUGGGGUGGCGAUGAUUCGGUUAAGAAACUUCAUUGGGUGGCUCGGGAUAGGGUGACGCUUCCAAAAAAAUAUGGAGGCCUCGGGUUAAGCAAAUUAAAAAACACUAGUAUUGCGUUGUUGUCCAAAUGGGGAUGGAGAUUCUUGGUGGACAAAAACAGGCUGUGGUCUCAAACUAUUGAAGCGUUACAUAAGGUAAGGAACAAAGAUGAUUUUUUGCCAUGUAAAAAGUCUCUUUCGGGGGUGUGGUAUAAUAUCGUUCAGGUUUUGAACAAUACUAAGGUAGACGGAACGCCUUUGAGAAGUUUUUUCAAGGCUUCAGUGGGGAACGGAAGAAAUACGGCUUUUUGGUUGGACCCGUGGAUCAGCAAUAGGCCGCUCAAGGAUUUGUACCCGAGACUUUUUCUGCUCAAAAUGGAAAAAGGAUGCAGAGUUAAUUCUUGUUUCAGCGAGAAUAAUCAAUUGAUAUGGAGAUGGAAAAGACUGAUAACAUCAGAAGAUGAGGUAAAUGAGCUUGUUAACUUGUGUUCGAUGUUGGUUACAGUGUCCUUGAAUCAGAAGCAAGACAGCUGGUUAUGGAACGGUGCUGAGGAUCGGGAGUUCAGCGUCAAUGCCGUCAAGAAACUCCUUGACUCUGUUAGGAUCAGACCGGAUAUCUAUGUCCCGGAAGAAUGUAACUGGAUUCCGAAAAAAUGCUCUAUUUUUAUAUGGAAGGCUGAGAUGGGUAGAAUUGCGACCAUGGACAAAUUAAGAAUAAGGAACAUUGGUGGAGGCGAUGCGGGCUGUUCCUUGUGCGGAGAGGUUGAUGAAAGUAUUGAGCACAUAUUCACCAACUGUUCUUAUGCAUUAAUGUUAUGGGCUUUCCUUAGUAGUUGGUGUAAAUGCCAGAAUCUUUUGGUCUUCUCAUUCAGGGAUUUAAUCGAAGCUCACAAUCAUGUGGGGCUGAUCGGUCGGAAAAAAGAAGUUGUUAAAGGCCUUAUUAGGAUAGGCUGCUGGUGUUUAUGGAGAAUGAGGAAUGAUGUGAAGUUCAAUAACAAAUCGGCUAAUUUAGAGGCCAUUACGAGGGAGGUUUGUAUCAUGGCUGAAGAAUUCUACAACACGUUUUUCAACGCGUUCACAUCCGAUUCUUCCGAAAGAACAAAUAUUGAGAGUCAUGAUCUGGAACUACAAAAGCAAAGUAAGAUGACUGGUUCUUCACAUCAAGAGAAUGUUGGCUUGUAUUACAAAGGCAGUGUACCUUCAGAGAAAGGCGGAAGAAAGACCAAGAGAGAGCAACAUAUAACGGUGGAGAGAGAGAGAGGAGGGGGCGGAGAGAGGCGGCGGCGGCAGCAGCGGAGAAACGGUGGCGGCGUUGAGUUGACAUGGACAUGGACAUGGGGAGCAGGACAUAUUGAUAUAGAUGGAACAGAGUAUCGAUUAACCAGCUUCAUUGGCACACAACUACCAAGCAUACCGUCAAUGGCAGAAGGUAUCAUAGUGCAACCUUUUGUGGCUGACGGUACAAGUGAUGAUUUCUUGAUGCAGAAGGGAAGAAAGACCAAGAGAGAGCAACAUAUAACGGUGGAGAGAGAGAGAGGAGGGGGCGGAGAGAGGCGGCGGCGGCAGCAGCGGAGAAACGGUGGCGGCGUUGAGUUGACAUGGACAUGGACAUGGGGAGCAGGACAUAUUGAUAUAGAUGGAACAGAGUAUCGAUUAACCAGCUUCAUUGGCACACAACUACCAAGCAUACCGUCAAUGGCAGAAGGUAUCAUAGUGCAACCUUUUGUGGCUGACGGUACAAGUGAUGAUUUCUUGAUGCAGAAGUCGAUCUUUGUCGGUAGUGAUCUUACUGAAAUCUUUAUCGGUAAUCAUGUUCCUGGCAAAUAG